AUGGCCGACUCUCCCAUGUCCGACGACGAGCAGACCUGGCUCACUUUAUCCAUCACCCAUCGAAAAGUAACAUACGAACUCACCUUCCCCGAAGAUGCCACCAUCACAGACCUUUUCAACGAGAUCGAAGCCAGCCUCGAUGUCCCCGUCGCGAAUCAAAAGAUCCUCGCCCCCAAAACGCCUCUCCUCAAAGCACCCUUCAAGAACCCCGACAUGCCCCUCCUCGAACUCAAGGGCAAGAGCUUGACGCUCAUGGGCUCGCCCGCUGCGGAGAUCCAGCAGGUUCAGGAUAUGGCUGAGCGCGUCGCAAAGCGCAAUGCUGCGCGGAUGGCGCAUCGCAGCAAGGCUCGACAUGCAGCGCCCACGCGUCGGAACCCUCAAGAGUCGCAAUACACAUUCCUACAAGUCCGGUCGCUCCAAGGCCUUCCGAACCCAGAGCGCAGCCGGAAGCUCCUGCUGCGUCUCAAGGAAGACCCGGGUAUUCGCGCAGCCAUGACAAAGCACAAGUUCGCUGUAGGACUGCUUACCGAGAUGGAGCCUCUUUCGCAUACGCAGACGUCGCACGAGGGUACAAGUCGAAUUCUGGGUCUGAACCGCAACCAGGGCGAGGUCAUUGAGCUGCGACUAAGGACGGACGCCUACGAUGGAUACCGCGACUACAAAACCAUCCGCAAAACACUAUGCCACGAGUUGGCGCACAACGUCCACGGCCCUCACGACAGGAAUUUCUGGGAUCUAUGCCACCAGAUCGAGCGAGAGGUUGACGCAGCGGAUUGGAAGUCAGGCGGCAACACGAUCGGCGAGACAUCGCGAUAUGCCAUCUCCGGAAACGAUGACGAAGAAGAGGACUACCCCGAGGACUUUGGUGGCUGGACAGGCGGCGAGUUCGUGCUAGGUGGUGUCAAGAGCAAUCCAGCUGCUGGUAUGAAUCGCCGAGAAGUCCUUGCGCAAGCGGCGCUCGAGAGACAGCGAAAGGAGACUGAGACGGAGCGGAAGGUCUUAGAGGAGCAAAGACGGCAGACACCACCUGGCGAUGAGAAUAAAUAA